AGGAGCUGUGCUGAGCUAGACGAGGGGAAAAACAAGGAAGAGCCCACAAGUAGGUAGGUGGUGUGUGAGUGUUCACUUCACCUGAUUUUGUGGUUGGAGUCAAAGAAGAAAAAGGAGUUUACCCUGCUUGCGGGUUUCUCAACAUGGAUAUGGAUAUCCCGGAUUCUCCACACGGGAAUAUGGGGCUGUUAAGGACCUUUGAUUCCUCUGAGUUUGGAAGCUGGGAGAAAAUAGGCUCAGGUGGAUUUGGACAAGUAUACAAAGUCCGGCAUGUACAGUGGAAAACAUGGCUGGCUAUCAAGUGCCCUCCCUGCCUUCAUGUGGAUGAUAAGGAUCGUUCCGAGCUGCUCGAGGAAGCUAAAAAGAUGGAGGCAGCCAAGUUCCGAUACAUCCUGCCUGUGUACGGGAUCUGUGAAGACCCCCAGGGGCUGGUCAUGGAGUACAUGGAGACCGGCUCACUGGAGACCCUGCUGGCCAAUGAGCCGCUGCCCUGGGAGCUCCGCUUUCGCAUCAUCCACGAGACUGCGGUGGGAAUGAACUUCCUGCACUGCAUGAACCCACCGCUGCUCCAUCUGGACCUGAAGCCGGCCAACAUCCUGCUGGAUGCUCACUAUCACGUCAAGAUAUCUGAUUUUGGGCUGGCCCGCUGGAACGGCUUGUCACGGGCUGAUGACAUCAGUAGAGACGGCUUCUGCGGCACUAUUGCCUACCUUCCCCCUGAGAGCAUCAUAGAGAAGGACAGAGUGUCGGACACCAAGCACGAUGUUUACAGUUUCUCUAUCGUGAUCUGGGGGAUUCUCACACAGAAGAAACCCUAUCAAGGAGAGAACAAUAUCCUGCAGAUCAUGGUGAAGGUGGUGAAAGGGGUGCGUCCAGACCUGGGAGCGGUGCCACGAUGUCGACCUUCAGCCUGCACAGGCUUCCUGACCCUCAUGCAGCGAUGCUGGGCCACAAAGCCCGAAGCCAGACCCAGCUUCCAGGAAAUCACAUCUGAAGCCGAGGAGCUCUGCUCUAAACCUCAGGAGGAACCCAAAUCACCCAGGUUAUCAACAUCUGACCCAGAGCCCAUGACCCCUAAAGCACUCACGGGUGACCAGGUUAAUGACAACAAGCCAGUGCGUCCAAAGUCAGCCAUGUUGCCCGAGAAGGAUUACAGCCUGUCUGAGCUUCUGAGCCAGGUGGAUUCUGGGAUCUCCAGGAGCUUUGAUCGCGUGAAGGAGGACAGCUGUCACAGCAAAGAGAGCACCUGCAAGAGACUGUCUGGGAUUUCCUCUGCAGAUUCUGCCUUCUCGUCCCAAGACUCUAUCACGCUGUCUUUUGAGAAAGAAGGCACAUACGAUUCUGCUGAGGUCCAGAAACGAAAACUGUGUGAGGCCAUCAGGAACAAAGACACUGCCAAGCUGAUGAAGAUCCUCCAGCCUCAGGAUGUCGACCUUCUCCUUGACGGAGGAGACAGUCUGCUCCACCAUGCCAUCAACUUGGGUAACGAGGAGGCUGUCAAAUUCCUCCUCCUGAACAACGCAAAUCCUAACCUCGCCAACGGCCGCGGCUCCACACCCCUUCACCUGGCCACAGAGAAGCACCUGAAGUCACUGGCAGAGCUUCUGCUCGGCCGGCGCAGCACCAACGUGAAUGCCAAAGACGAGGACCAGUACACAGCUUUGCACUGGGCAGCCCAAAAUGGCGACGAGGCUAUCACGCGCCUGCUGCUCGACCGGGCGGCGGCCAUCAACGAGACCGACGGACAGGGACGCACGCCAGCUCACGUGGCCUGCCAGCAUGGCCAGGAAAAUGUGUUCAGGGUGCUGCUGAGCCGUGGUGCUGAUGUUCAGAUCAAGGGCAAGGACAACUGGACGCCGCUCCACUAUGCUGCCUGGCAAGGGCAUCUGGGCAUCGUCAAACUGCUGGUUAAGCAAGCCGGCGCCGACGUAGAUGGUCAAACGACAGAUGGGCGCACGCCGCUGCACCUGGCUUCUCAGAGGGGGCAGUAUCGAGUGGCACGGAUCCUGAUUGAGCUGGGAGCCGACGUCCACAUGACAUCAGCUGGAUCAAAGACGCCGCUACAUGUGGCGGCUGAAACGGGUCACACCAGCACCUCUCGGCUCUUGAUCAAACACCAGGCAGAUAUCAACGCUCAGAGCGCUCACGGACUCACUCCCCUCCACCUAGCCUCCCAGCGGGGCCACCUGCCCACAGUCAAGAUGCUGAUAGAAGAAGGGGCAGACCCCUACAAAGCUAACAGCGCCCUACGCACGCCCUGCCACAUGGCGGCAGAGGGUGGACACUGUGAAGUCCUGAAAGAGCUGCUCAAUCACUGUCCAGACGGUGGCAGCCUGUCAGAUGAGCAGGGCCUCAGCCCUUUACACCUGGCAGUGCAGGGCGGACACUCGAACAUCAUUACUAUGCUGCUGCCGCAGGACUGCCAGGACUUAGUUACAGAGAGCUCUGUGCAACCAGCAGCCGAAGAGCCCGCACCAGCAGAAGCUAGGCACCUCCAGAGGAAAGUUGUCAUUCUCAAACUGACGGAGCACGGUGACAAAGACUACCCACAAUCCAUCAGUGCACACUGUGCCUCCGCUCCCUGCUAACAGGAGCAAAAACACUGUACAGGACUGUUUUGGUUUGGUGUUUUUCCAUGCUAAUCCUCUGCUGCCUCACAAAUAGGCAUGGGAUAGUAUUCCAGUCUUUUAAUUUUUUUAAUUGUGCCCUACAAGCACUGUAAUAUUGUUGUAAAUACAUACUGUAAAUAGAAAGUAUUAAUACCAUUUUUGUGUUUGAAUUAAAAAUGUUGUUUACUUUUUUUUUUACCUAACAAACACAUUUUGGUUUCUUUUGUUUUCUUUGUACGUAAUAAGCAUGUGUCCCGUGUCCUCUUGGAAUCCUUUUACAGGAUCAUUACUGCAGCUGGCAUGCCUGUAAGUUAUUUUUAAUAGAUUCACAAAAACUGACUCAUCGAGCUUUUUAGGAAGAAAGCGUUCAGUGUUCUUUAACUUGUUACAUAUCAGUGCAACAUCCAUUAAACAUCUGAAAAUCUUUUGUUGGA